UCGAGGCAAAAUCAGUCCAGUACACUUGGGAUGACAGGACAGCGAAUCAAGACAUAUCCGUUUGUUGGAAACAUCAUAAACUAGUCUGUUUACCAUCCAACAUGGUUAAUAACUAACUAUGAAAUACAAGCUGGCGAUACCAGGUUAGUUUGGUGAAGGUAGGAUCAUCCAACUUAAAAAAAGGGAAAAAAAACAACCAAUAGUUGUGUAUUGUGUCGGCUCUAGCUUUUACGGCUAACUUUGCGUUAGCAGCCCAACCUUUCGCGAGCUAGUGUUAAACCAGAACACGUAGAUAACUCCUAACAUAUGUUGAAGUGGUCUCGCAGUUAAAGCGAAGCGGUACGUGACGGACAUUUACACGCAGAAAACUAGUUGAGAAGUUCAACAAGAAAUCAUGGCGUCGAUGCGGUUUAGCUCGUCAACAUAUGCAGAGGAGCACUUUUGACUUUUGGGUGCUGUCAACGAGCUCGCGCUGUCCUGGCUAGCACGCUUAGCUCUCUCGCGCUACCAUGGCCAACACGGAGAACGGCCUUCGAGCGGCGGACACCCGGAGCAUCCGGACCGUCAGCAGCAGUCACAUGGACGAUGGGAGCUCCCUGGGGUCGGACUCCGAGAUCAACGGAUUCACCAGCGACAGACAGACCGAUAAAUACGGGUUCAUCGGCGGGGCUCAGCAGCAUACGGAGGAGUCAGCUCAGGAUUUACCCCCACAGGUGCUCAGGCAAAGAGAGGUGAAGUGGCUGGACAUGCUCAGCCACUGGGAUAAAUGGAUGAUCAAGAGAUUCAAUAAGGUGAGGCUGCGGUGCCAGAAAGGAAUUCCUCCCGCUCUCCGAGGCCGUGCAUGGCUCUACCUGUCGGGAGGGAAGGUGAAGAAAGAGCAGAACCACGGAAAGUUUCAGGAGCUGGAUAGCCAGCCUGGAGACCCCAAAUGGGUAGAUGUGAUUGAGAAAGACCUCCAUCGACAGUUUCCUUUCCAUGAAAUGUUUGUCUCACGCGGAGGACACGGGCAGCAGGACCUGUUCCGUGUUCUUAAGGCCUACACUCUGUACAGACCGGAGGAGGGAUACUGCCAGGCUCAGGCUCCCAUCGCUGCUGUGUUGCUUAUGCACAUGCCUGCUGAGGAUGCCUUCUGGGGGCUGGUCCAAAUUUGUGAGAAGUACCUUCCUGGCUACUACAGUCCUGGCCUGGAAGCUAUACAGUUAGAUGGAGAGAUCCUGUUCGCUCUGCUGCGACGCGUCUCCCCGCUAGCCUUCCGCCAUCUGGAGAAACACAAGAUCGACCCCAUCCUCUACAUGACCGAAUGGUUUAUGUGUGCCUUCUCCAGGACGCUGCCCUGGGCCUCUGUGCUGCGUGUCUGGGACAUGUUCCUCUGUGACGGAGUGAAGAUAAUCUUUCGUGUGGGUUUGGUGCUUCUGAAGUGCAUGCUGGGGACUCGUGAGAAGCUGAAGGCCUGCCAGGGCCAGUAUGAAACCAUGGAGCUUCUCAGGGCCCUAGAGCCUCGAUACAUGCAGGAGGGCUUCCUCGUCCGAGAGAUUCUGGAGGUUCCGGUGACAGCGCGGGACGUGGAAAGGGAGAACCACACCCAGCUGAAGCGCUGGAAGAAGAACCGCGGAGAGCUGAAUUUCAAAUCCCCCCCGAGGAUGCACGGCGCUCGGAUCAUCUUGUUGGCUGAGCCGCCAAGACGCCAGGACCUGCAGCAGAACCCCACCAUAGUCCUUGAGGUGCCUCAGCCCAUCCCGCAGCUCGAAAGGGGGAAGGAGGAAAAGAGAAGCAAGAAGAAGAGGAGCAGCAUAAAGAAAUCCCAGCCUAUUGUGGAGAUCCCAAAUCCUUACUCUCUUCCCAAUGACGCUCCGCCACCCCCUUCAGAUCCACCAGCUCCUCCUCCAGUCAUCAACAAGGUGCCAGAGACUGUGCCAAAGACUGAAACAGACCCAUCUCCCCAGCAGCAAGCGCCUCCUACAGACAUCCCCCCUGCCAAAGAAUCUCCUCUACAGCGAUCCACACAAAGCCUUAGCAGCACAGAGCAGGAUACAUACCUGUAGCUCUAAAGGAGUCAGAGCGUGUGUGUGUGUGUGUGUGUGUGUGUGUGUGUGUGCGUGUGGGAGUGAGUGAGUGAGUGAGUGAGUGUGUGUGUGUGUGUGUGUGUGUGUGAACGAAGCACCAACACCCUUCAGCCAAUGACCAGCCAGCCUUGCCAAGGUCUAUUAUUCUAAUGUUGGACUGUUUAGUAGUCAUGUAUUCAUUUUAGACACCAUUUUGCCUAUAACAUUACUGUGAUACACUAAAGCGUCAUGGCUACAUGUAAAACUAAUUUGACUCUUACGCCAUUUCUUCAUGUUAAGCUGAUGUUAACUCCUGUUGAUGCCUGAUGCUCUUAUUCAGACCUCAAGUAUUCUGUCUGCAAGAGAGACGUGUUACUGAGUCAUUGGGAGCAAAGUCAUUUCUUUAGUGCAGUGUGGUUCCUAGGUUUAAAUGGGAAUUUAAGAACAAUGACGUGCCACAGCUUGUGCAGUUUUUCUACACAUUUCCAGUCAAAUUCAACACUAUUAAGUUUAAUAGAUUCUGUGCAGUGGGGAUGUACAUUUUUACAACUUUUUAAGCCAUUAUUCAUUAAGGGUUUCGUCACUAGAGGGCAGUCUGGCAGAGGUUUCGGCUGUUACAUUCCCUGUUAGUAAAGCAGGGAUGGGAUUCCUUUGAGCAUUAACUAACUUUGGGAGGUACAAUUCUGAGAUUAAGCUUCUGUUGUUGUUGUUUUGUGAUUUCCAGUAAGGGGACUUGUGCAUUUCAUGAUUUCCAUUCUUAAAUUUGAAUUGAUCCAUGAGAUUCAGUCACAAAACACUGUCUUCAUGCAUGUCUUUUCCUACAAACCUUAUUUGUUUAAAUGGCAGUUUAAACAUUACAUUUGUUGUUUGUGCACGCCCUGCAAGUGCACAAAUGGUCAGAGUCUGUAGAAUAUAUGUGAUUUAACUCCAAUAUUCACCGUGCCAGGCACUUCCAGACACUUUAGAGCAGUAGUAAUUCUUGUUACUUUGGCAGCAGAGAGGAGCACACUGGACAUUCCUCACUGUAUGACACAUUCCUGCCUUGUUAAAAGCUUACCAGUCUGAAAGCUGUCUCUUGCCAAAUGCAAUUCUCUAUAACGUAUGUAUUAGUGCAUGUGUGGCCUGUGACAGCGAGUGAGUGCAAAUCACCUUAAGGUGCUGACCUUCUGCUUGGCUUUGCUCAAAUAUCCAGGUAGAGCCAAGAAGAUCUAGUGCGCAUGGGUCUUGUUUUUUUUAUAUAUUAUGCUAGAAGUUCCAAAGGAGAUCAAGACUGUUGUUUUGAGUUGACCUACGACCGCUACCUGUGACCAGGCAUACUCUGUUUGCACAGUCAAGGGGGAUCAAAUGAUUCCAAGAUUUCUUUUUGGGAUAUUUGUGGAAUUUCUCUUUUGGCUCAUUUCUUUGGGAAAUAUAGAGACAUGCAGGGGUUGUGAGGCUUUUUCUAUCAAAGCAUAUUGGACAAUCCUUUUUUGUGAUGGGUCCAAGUCAGUUUUCUUACUUUCAUCACAAUGAUACAAAGUAAAGGGAGUUUUGACAAGCUUAAGCACACAUGUGUAAGAUGUGUUUUUUGUAUAUGAUUAAUAUAAAAAAGUCUGCUAAACAUUGCAUGUGUUGGGUCAGUUAUAAAAAGCAGUGUGGUUUAAAAGGAUAACACAUUUUCAAGCAGCCACUUGCCUGUAUGCAGUAGUUUUUUAGUUGCUUAUAUUACACACCUCACAUUUCGCUGAUGUUAUAUUUUAAUUUAAUGCCCGUUGUGUAGAUACGACAUGUAAAAUAACAAUUUGUUUUGUAAUGAAAUCUAUUUUUCAUUGUAUGAUGCUAUAUUUUAUGGAGCUCUAAAUAAUCUCUAAAUAAUUUGAAGUGUAGGACAAUAUCUUUUUAUUUGUAACACUAGACAAAUCUGAAAUUUGUGGGUAACUUCUGCAAGUGAAAUGUUUUUGUUACUUUAAAGCUGGAUUGGUAUUAUUUUAUCAUUCACACUAUGAUUAUUAAAGAGAUGUUGGACAACCA